AAAAAACCCAACAACACACGUCUCAUACAAAGUUAAAAAAAAACUAAGGGCUGCAUCAACCUCCACUACUGAUCAUAAACCCCUAAAACUCGUAACGCAGCACAACAACCAAACAGACCCGAAAAUGGACUCCUCCUCCUCAUCUUCAUCUUCUUCUUCCUCACAAGCCGCCUCGUCGUCCAUGCACUUGGCAUUGGCUGCGUUGUUCGGAGCUUCAGUAAUGGCGAUCUCCGCCUUUUACAUCCACAAGCGCACCGUCGACCAAGUCCUCGACCGCCUCAUCAAGCUCCGCCGCCGAUGCCCUUCCUCCGCCACCGCCGUCGCCGCCGAUGAUCAGUUGUUCGCUUCCGAAGACGACGGCGGCGGAAGCUAUUUCGUCUCCGAUGGAGAGAUUGAGAUUGAUAGGAACACUGCUAGGUCUUUGGAUGAGAACGUGCUGCUUAGUAGCUACAGAGUUUCGUCUUCAAUGCCGAAUGUAGGUUUAUCGAACCAGUGGUUCGAUGAUGAUGAGGCCAAAUGUUAUCAGUUAAUGCGAUCUGGAAAUCAAGCUUUGUCAAAUUCUUGGGAUAAGUCCAAUUUGAUUCCUUCUAGUCUACCGCCUAAAGAUGGACAGGAUCAAUCUAUGUGGGUGGGAUCAGGUGGUAGGCUAAUGACUCCUAGAUCCUCAGGUGGCUAUGCAUUUGGAAGUGCAGGAGAUUCUGACGAUGAAGGAACAGAGCUUGCUACUGGAGAGGACCUCUACACUUAUGAGAACAUUGACUCUUCAGCUGAAUGUAUAAAUUUAAAUGAUAACAGUUCAAACAUUCAAAAUUUAUCUGCUUCUCCAUUCAAUGAUGACAACAGGAGCUGUAUUCUAGAACAGAAAAAUAGAGCAAUUGCAAAUGAAGCAAAGGAAAAUGUAGAUCAAUAUGGUGAUGGAAAGGCAGAUACAACCUCAAUGCACAUCAUGGGGAAUGAUCCUAGUUUAACCAACAUUUUUUUACCUCUGACAGCUACAGUGCAUGAGUCAAUGAACAAGGAAGAGGAGGAAGUAUGGAAGAUGAUUCGUGAUUGUUUGGAUUUGCGGGAGAAGUAUGUCUACAGGGAAGUUGCCCCAUGGAUAAAGGCAACUGUGGGAGAAUCUUGUGCAUCUGGAACAAAGAAUGAUCCACUUUGCUUUGUCCCUGUUGAAGCCACUGCUCACCACUUUAGGAUGGAAGACGGAGUUGUACACGUUUAUGCAAGUGAAAACGGUUCUCUCUCUCUCCCUCUCUCAGACUCCACAGAUCUUUUCCCGGUUGCAAGUUCAACAACGUUUUUCACUGAUAUGCAUCACCUCCUAAAAGUUACUUCCAUUGGAAAUGUUCGGUCUGCAUGCCAUCAUCGAUUACGAUUUCUUGAGGAGAAAUUCCGUCUUCAUCUGUUAGUGAAUGCAGAUCGGGAGUUUUUAGCCCAGAAAAGUGCACCCCAUCGUGAUUUCUACAAUAUCAGAAAAGUUGAUACUCACGUGCACCAUUCUGCUUGCAUGAACCAGAAGCAUCUUCUGCGCUUCAUUAAGUCAAAAUUAAGAAAAGAACCAGAUGAGGUUGUCAUAUUUCGUGAUGGAAUAUAUCUUACACUUAAGGAAGUCUUUGAGAGUCUGCAGUUAACAGGUCAUGAUCUUAAUGUUGAUCUACUGGAUGUGCAUGCUGAUAAAAGUACCUUUCAUCGAUUUGACAAAUUCAAUCUCAAAUAUAAUCCUUGUGGUCAGAGCAGACUCAGAGAGAUCUUUCUGAAACAGGACAAUCUCAUCCAAGGUCGUUUCAUAGCAGAGGUGACAAAGCAGGUUUUAUCAGAUCUUGAAGCAAGCAAAUUUCAGUUGGCGGAGUACAGGGUGUCCAUAUAUGGAAGGAAGCAAAGUGAAUGGGAUCAGCUGGCAAGCUGGUUCAUUAACAAUGCACUAUAUAGUGAAAAUGCUGUUUGGUUAAUCCAGCUCCCACGGCUAUACAAUGUGUACAAGAGCAUGGGAACCGUUACAUCCUUUCAGAAUAUUUUAGACAACGUUUUUAUUCCACUAUUUGAAGUGACAGUUGACCCAAAUUCUCAUCCUCAGCUACAUGUGUUCCUGAUGCAGGUUGUGGGCUUUGACCUUGUUGAUGAUGAAAGCAAACCGGAAAGACGCCCCACUAAGCACAUGCCAAAGCCGGCUGAAUGGACAAAUGAAUUUAAUCCUGCAUACUCUUAUUAUGCUUAUUAUUGCUAUGCGAACUUGUACACCCUCAAUAAGCUUCGCGAAUCGAAAGGAAUGCGUACAAUCAGAUUGCGGCCUCACUGUGGGGAGGCAGGUGAUAUAGACCAUUUGGCCGCUGCUUUCCUUUUAUGCCAUAAUAUUUCUCACGGGAUCAAUUUGCGGAAAUCUCCUGUGUUGCAGUAUUUGUAUUACCUUGCUCAGAUUGGAUUGGCCAUGUCACCACUGAGCAAUAAUUCCCUUUUUCUGGAUUAUCACCGCAACCCAUUUCUGAUGUUCUUCCAGCGUGGCUUAAAUGUUUCACUUUCAACUGAUGAUCCGCUGCAAAUCCAUUUAACAAAAGAACCUCUUGUGGAAGAAUAUAGUGUUGCAGCAAAGGUGUGGAAGCUCACUUCCUGUGACCUUUGUGAGAUAGCAAGAAAUUCGGUAUAUCAAUCUGGAUUCUCGCAUGCAGCCAAGUCGCAUUGGCACGGUAGCAAAUAUUUCAAGAGAGGUCCUGAAGGAAACGAUAUUCACAAGACAAAUGUACCAGAUAUGAGGAUUUACUUCCGACAUGAGACAUGGAAAGAGGAGAUGCAGUGUGUCUACUCAGGGAAGGCCAGGGUUCCCGAAGAAAUAGAUAUUUGAGCGGAAAGAAGCAUUAGAAAGAAGAAAAAGUGGUUCCGAGUACUUUUGGUGCAUAGGAAAACACAAUUCUUAAAUCGAAGAUUGUGUUGUUGAUCCAUGCGUGGAUUAGGCUGGCCAUUUUUAAGGUCAUUUAUUUUUGCCUACAGGUCACGUCUUCAACUCUCAGUUUUAAAGUAAUGUUAGAGCUUGUGAAGAACUCUGGCUACAAUCUCAGUCAAAAUAAUAAGACAGCCAGCCAGUGCAACAUUCUUUUUAAAAAAAUUUCCUGGCCGAGGAAAGUAUACUCAAUGAAGCAAGGCCAGUUUUGUAGUUUUUGGUCAUAGAGAAGAGAACAUGAUCCGAAUUUUCUUUAGCUGGCUACUAAUUUAUGGUUUUGAAUGGCAGGCAUUAUAUGACUGCAAAAUAAUCUGGUUUCCAGAUAUCAAAUAUAUGAAACUGAUUUUCAAUCUGUACAAAGUAAAUGAAAUUUAAAAAAAA